AUGAAGGUCUCUUUUGGAAUCCUCGCCACUCUACUGCGCGCCUCAAGCCAGGUCGCAUCGGCAGCACCCACCGAUCAAUUGUCGGCAAAGGACCUCAUUCUGUCUCUUAACGAACAAGCGACGUCUGCACUCGAGAACGCAGACACAGAGUCUAGUAAAAGGUCUGUUGGACCCAAGAAGUGCACAAUCUUCAACGCCGCUGUCCGCCGUGAUUGGAAGACACUCUCCAAAAAAGACAAGAAGGCUUAUAUUGAUGCCGUGCUGUGUCUGCGCAAGAAGCCGUCUAAAGCCGAUCAGACCUUUGCACCUGGUGCUCGCAGCAGAUAUGAUGACUUUGUUGCCGUUCACAUCAAUCAAACCUUGAGCAUCCACGGAACUGGCAACUUUUUUAUCUGGCAUCGGUACUUCACUUGGGCGUACGAAAAGGCUCUCCAAGAUGAGUGCGGCUACAAGGGAACACAGCCAUACUGGAAUUGGUUCGAGACUGGUGACUUUGCUACUAACCCAUUGUUUGAUGGUUCUGAAACUAGCAUGAGUGGCGACGGUAAGUAUUUCGAGCAUGACGGCGCCUGGUCUGGCAAACAGAACAUCUUUAUCCCUAGUGGCAAGGGCGGCGGUUGUAUCAAGGGCGGCCCCUUUGUCGGAGCUGUCGCCAAUCUAGGACCCCCCAGUCCUGGCAUGACUGGGAUGGAGGCUACGAAAACGCCGCUCAACUAUAACCCACGAUGUCUCCGCCGCGAUCUUAGUUCCUAUUCUAUUAACCAGUGGCUCAAUCUUCCGAAUCUCCACAACAUCACCCUCGGAAAAGCGUCAAACACCAUUCAGGCUAUGCAGGAUGAGUUCCAAGGACGAUUUAGCGAUAAAUUCUUGGGUAUGCAUGCUGCUGGGCAUUUCGUUAUAGGGGGCGACUCAGCAGAUCUCUUUUCAUCCCCUAAUGAUCCCGUCUUCUUCCUCCACCACUCUAUGGUCGACCGUAUCUAUUGUGUCUGGCAGGCUCUACAUCCAAGACAGGCUAAGGAUAUUGCCGGAACAAUCACCAUCCUCAACACACCUCCCAGUAGAGACGCCGUCAAAUCUGAUGUCCUGAACAUGGGGGUCAAUGCACCGUUAAUAACUAUCGAAGACGGGCUCGAUACUCUUGGCAACUCGCCUUUUUGCUACAUCUAUCUGUAG